AUGGCUGACGACUCAACAUCUACCCUUGAGGGUGAAAGUUUGGCUCAGAAUACUAGCACUACUCCAACAUUCGAGCCUAAACUGCUUCAAGAGUAUUUAAAUAAACUCCUUCCCUUGGUCUUAGGGGCAGAGGAGGCUGACUUAGAGGCCUCUUUAUGGUCAAUUCCAGAAACAACCGAAAAAUUGCAUCGUUUCGCUAAUGAUUCUCAAGUUAACGCAUUAUAUAUAACAAAGUCAAAGGAGGAUAAAAAAGAAGAAGAUGAUCCAUUAGUGGUCUCAUUUGUAUAUACUAUCUCGCAAGAAAUUGUUUAUCAUUUAAAUAAUGUCGCAUCAAUAGCCAUCAUCAAGCAUUCUCCAACCCUAGAUCCCAAUCGUUCUGUACAAUCACAAGUUCAAUUCAUAAAUUUACCUGGCCAAGCAAGCAAUGAAUCCGGAUCUACUAACGUGAGCCCAUAUGAAGCUCUUCACUCUUAUAUCCAUUAUGCAGUUGCGCCAUACUUCGAUGCUUAUGUUAAUGCUAAAGGUGUUAACUCUGAAGGUGCUGGGAUCAAUAAAAAACACGAUGAUACUAAAAUGGGCAUCCCAAUGACGAAAAAGAAAAUCUCCGAGUUGGAGUUAGCUCUCGUUCAUUUGCAGCAAAAUGUUGAAAUUCCUGAAAUAUCUCUUAAUAUUAAUCCGGUCGUUACAAAGGCCGUUGAAAGGGCUAGACAAGAAGGCAGAAGGAUUAGCGUUGAGUUUAUUGACCAAGAUAUACUUACUACUGAAUUUUUGAAUAAGCUUCAAGGGGGUGUAAACAGUUGGAUCAAAGAGAUCCAAAAAGUAACAAAACUAUCACGUGAUCCAGCAAGUGGCACAGCUAUGCAAGAGAUAAAUUUCUGGCUGAGUAUGGAAACUGCACUUGAAGAAGUUGAUGUCCAGCUUAAAAGUGAUCAGAUCGUUUUGACAUUGGAAAUUCUAAGACAUGCCAAACGUUUCCAUGCUACUGUGUCUUUUAUUGCUGAUACUGGAUUAAAAGAAGCAAAGGAGAAAGUUCACAAAUAUAAUCAAUUAAUGAAAGACUUUCCUCUUGGUGAAUUGUUAUCUGCUCCUAAUGUCGAAAAGAUUAAAGAGGCGUUAACUAUUGUUUUCGCUCAUUUCACCAAGAAAAUGAGAUUAUCUCCAUAUCCAAUCAAGAAAGCACUUGCUCUUGUAGAGGCCAUCUCUCGUGAUUUAAAUGAUGUAUUACUAAAGGUUUUGGGUAGUCGUCGUUUGAUGUACAUGGAAUAUGAUGAGUUUGAAAAAGUUAUGUCGGGUGCUGAGGAAGUUUUUAAAACCUGGGAUGAGAUGAUCAAAGAAUUCACAAAUGUAGCACGUGAUGUUAUGCGUAAACGCUCUGACAAAUUCAUUCCAAUCAAAAUAAGUCCUGCACAUGAUAAAUUGCAAGAGCGUGUUACAUUCGUUAGAAAUUUUAGGAAACAACAUGAACAACUUCAUCAGACAAUUGCUAAAGUCAUGACUCAACCAAAGAGUACCACAAAAAUUGUUGUCGAAGGCGAAAGUAAUGUAGUUUCACAAGAAGAAGGUGCUGGCAUGAACGAUAUCAAUUCUAUGGAAGAAGUAAAAGUGGCAUAUGAAAGUGUAAAGGAUAUUGAUGUGUUAGAUGUUUCGAUUGAAGGCACAGAAAUCUGGAUGCAAGCUGAAAAUGCAUAUAACGAACGUGUUUCAAGAGUAGAAAAUCAAAUUAUUGCUAGUCUACGAGAUCGACUUGGUACAUGUAAAAAUGCUAAUGAAAUGUUUCGUGUGUUUUCAAAAUUCAAUGCUUUGUUCGUUAGACCGAAGAUUCGUGGUGCUAUUCAAGAAUAUCAAAAUGAACUUAUUGACAGAGUUAAAAAAGAUAUAUCUAAACUUCAUGAGAAGUUCACUCAACAGUAUCGUAAAUCUGAAGCGAAUCACAUGGCUCAGCUUCGUGAUCUUCCUGCUAUCUCUGGUGCAAUGAUUUGGGCACGUCAAAUUGAGAGACAAUUACAAACCUAUAUGAAACGUGUUGAGGAUGUUCUUGGUAAAGGUUGGGAGAUGUAUGCAGAAGGUCAAAAAUUACAAAAUGAAAGCAAUAACUUUAGAAAAAAAUUAGAUACGAGACCGAUUUUUGAAGCUUGGCAGAAGGACAUUUCACAACGUAGCGAUUUGCAAGUGACCGGAAGAUUAUUUGAAAUUACAAAAAAUCGUGCUCAAGGAAAUAUUCUUCAAUUAGGUGUAAAUUUUGAUCCACAAAUAAUUACCUUAUUUAAAGAAGUGCGUAAUUUAUUAUGGCUAGGUCAUCAAGUUCCACACAAUAUAAGCACAAGCGCAAAAGUUGCCAAGCGUGUAUAUCCUUUCGCUGUAAGUCUCAUGGAAACAGUUAGGACAUAUGCACAAACAGUGCAAAAAGUUCAAAAAUAUCCUGAUGUCAUCAUGCUGGUUGCCAGCUAUCGUAACGGUGUACAAGCCAUGAUCGCUAAAGGUAUCGCUUUUGAGUGGAAAUAUUUCGUAGACACUUAUGAUCGUAACUUCCGUGGUGCGAUGGAUUCUCAUGAGAAUCAACAUGUUACUUUUGUACGAGAAUUUGCGAACACUGUUUCAGAAUUUCAAGAUAAAGUUGAUGCCUUGAUUACUAAUUAUGAAGAUAUAUCGCGUUUAAUUGAAGACUUAAAAACUUGUGCAUAUCAGUUGAAAAAGUUCAAAUCCAACUUGGAAAAAAUUCAAAAACUGAUUGACCGUCUUAAUCUUGAAUCUUACUCUAAUCUUGACGCUUGGGUUGCGCAACUUGACAAACGGAUUGAAACCGUCUUGUCUCAACGAUUACAACGUUCAAUAUCUUCAUGGACAACUGAAUUCAUUUCAUCCAGUGACGAUUCUACUGAUAUAGAGUCAAUUUCUCAUGAAACCUCAACUAGUAAAGGUGCAAAACGUAGAACUGCUAGAAAUGAUUCUUUUGAUGGUGAAAGACCAACAAUUGCAAAAACUGAAAAACCUGUGCUGAAGCACUCUGUUUACACAGUGCGUAUUAGAAAUCAAGUAAUUUAUUUGGAUCCCCCAAUUGAAGAUGCCAGAACUAAAUGGUAUAACCAAUUACACGAAUGGCUUUCGGUUGUAUGCAAUUUACCAAGAAUUCUAGGUUCACGUUAUGAUAUUGAUCUACAAGUUAGAGGGUCCACCGUUUCUCGAGAAACCACAUACUCCAAUUUAUUGGCACAAAUUCCUGAUGGUUCACUAGAGAAAGCAUAUGAAGUCAUUGAAAACAAAUUGAAAGAAGUAUCUGAAUAUGUUAGCAAAUGGUUCCAGUUUCAAUCAUUAUGGGAUCUUGAACCUAAUUAUAUUUAUGAUCGACUUGGCGAUGAUCUUAAGAAAUGGAAACAAAUUCUUUCAGAGAUAAAGAAAUCACGUACUACGUUUGAUAAUUCAGAGGUCGAAAAAUCCUUUGGCUUUAUAGUAGUUAAUUACGAACAAGCACAAAGCAAAGUAAAUGCCAAGUAUGAUCAAUGGCAACGUGAUGUUCUUGCUAAAUUUGGUGUUAAACUCGGCGAUUCCAUGAAAGAAUUUCAUUCAGCAGUUUCAAAUUCUCGCAAAGAACUUGAGAAUAAAUCUAUGGAAAGUAAUAAUACAAGUGAAGCUGUUGCUUUGAUUACUUUCGUACAAGACCUCAAACGUAAGGUUAAGCAAUGGAACCAAGAUGUUGAGAUAUUCCAUGAAGGACAAAAAACUUUAGAGCGACAACGGUAUCAAUUUCCAAGUGACUGGUUGCAUAUUGAACAGGUUGAAGGUGAAUGGAGUGCUUUUAACGAAAUCUUAGAGAAAAAGAACAAUCAAAUUCAAGAUCAAAUCGAUGGAUUAAAAUUGAAGAUUAUUGCCGAGGAUAAAAAUGUAGAAGAAAAAAUUAAGAGGAUUAUUUCUGAAUGGGACACAAACAAGCCAAUACAAGGAGAUAUUAAACCGGACAUUGCAACAAAUACACUCAAUAUUUAUGAAGGAAAAGUUACUCGUCUUAAGGAAGAAUAUGAUAUGGUUUGUCGUGCAAAAGAUGCACUUGACAUGGCCUUUACUAAUGAGGAUCGUUUAGAAAACGUUCUUGAUGAACUUAAAGAUCUCAAUUCUGUUUGGAAAUCUCUUUCAAGUGUUUGGAAAUCAAUCAAUGAAUUAAAAGAAACCUUAUGGAAUACUGUAGUCCCACGAAAAGUUCGACAACAAUUAGAUAAUCUUCUUAAUGAUAUUAAAAAGAUGCCAGGUCGUAUGCAUUCAUAUAAGCCAUUUGAAUACGUUCAAGAAACUGUGAAAACCUACCUUAAAUUGAACCCAAUUCUUUCUGAGCUCAAAUCUGAAGCAUUGAAAGAACGUCAUUGGAGACAACUAUUCAAGGCUCUUAAACUCGAUGGCCGUUUCCUUUUAAGCGAAAUGACAGUUGGCCAUGUUUGGGAUUUCGACCUUAAAAAAAAUGAGCAAGUAAUAAAAGACAUUGUAGUUCAAGCCACUGGUGAAAUGGCUUUGGAAGAAUUCUUGAAACAAGUGAAAGAAACUUGGACUUCAUAUGUUCUAGAACUUGUAAACUACCAAAAUAAGUGUCGCCUUAUCAAAGGAUGGGAUGAACUAUUCACUAAAUGUGGUGAAAAUCUCAAUUCACUAACUGCGAUGAAAAUGUCACCUUAUUACAAAGCUUUUGAAGAAGAUGCUUCAUCAUGGGAGGAUAAAUUAAACAGAGUUCAUGUUUUAUUUGAUAUUUGGAUCGAUGUUCAACGUCAAUGGGUAUACUUAGAAGGCAUUUUUAGUGGAAGUGCGGACAUUAAACAUUUACUUCCAGUUGAAACUACGCGUUUCCAAUCCAUAAAUACCGAAUUCUUGGCUGUUAUGAAGAAAGUGUACAAAUCCCCAUUUGUUUUAGACGUUCUAAACAUUCCGAAUGUUCAAAAGUCCUUGGAGCGUUUAGCCGAUCUCCUGGCUAAAAUUCAAAAAGCACUUGGUGAAUAUCUUGAACGUCAACGUUCAACCUUCCCCCGUUUCUAUUUUGUGGGUGAUGAAGAUUUACUUGAAAUUAUUGGUAAUAGUAAAGAUGUCGUUCGCAUUCAAAAGCAUUUCAAGAAAAUGUUUGCCGGUGUGUCAAAUAUCAUUCUUAGUGAAGACUGCGGUGUUAUUCUUGGUAUGUCAUCCCGCGAAGGCGAGGAAGUUCUUUUCAAAACCCCAAUAACAAUCAAAGAUUAUUCGCGUAUAAAUGAUUGGCUGACUAUGAUAGAAACUCAAAUGCGUAUUUCUCUCGCAGAAUGUUUAAAAGAUGCUGUAAAUGAAUUGAAUACUUUCUAUUUAGCAGAAGAAUUAGAUACACCGACAUUUUUAGAGUGGAUACAAAAGUAUCCGGCACAAUUAGUUGUAGUUGCUGUACAAAUUGUUUGGACUACAUCAGUCGAAACAUCUCUUGAACAAUCGGGCGGCAAAGAACAAGAACCAUUAAACGGAGCUCUAAAUUAUGUUUUACGUGCAUUAGAUGUUUUAGCGGAUACCGUACUUCAAGAUUUGCCUUCAACACAACGUAAAAAAUGUGAACAUAUGAUUACUGAGCUUGUGCAUCAACGUGACACUAUCCGUCAAUUGCAACGUGAUAAAAUCUCUUCUCCCAAAGACUUUGCAUGGUUAUAUCACAUGAGAUUCUAUUUCAAUCUCAACAAUGAGGAUCCACUUUUACGUUUAGUUAUUAAAAUGGCAAAUGCACAAUUUUAUUAUGGAUAUGAGUACCUUGGUGUGCCUGAUCGUUUAGUCCAAACACCACUCACAGACAGAUGCUAUUGCACUCUUACCCAAGCACUUGAAGCUAGGUUGGGUGGUUCUCCAUUUGGAACUGGCAAAACGGAAUCAGUAAAGGCCCUUGGUGUUCAGUUGGGACGAUUUGUACUUGUAUUUUGUUGCGAUGAAAAUUUCGAUUUUCAAGCUAUGGGUCGUAUAUUUGUUGGACUUUGUCAAGUCGGAGCUUGGGGAUGCUUUGACGAAUUUAAUCGUCUUGAAGAGAGAAUUUUAUCUGCUGUUUCUCAGCAAGUACAGACUAUUCAACUUGGUCUUAAGGCUAUUAUAGAAGAUCCAAACGCUGAAGUAGAAAUCGUUGGCAAAAAUCUAAGAGUUAAUCCUAAUACUGGUAUCUUUAUUACUAUGAAUCCGGGCUAUGCUGGUCGUUCCAAUUUACCUGACAACUUAAAGAAACUUUUCCGCAGCAUGGCUAUGACAAAACCAGACCGCGAAUUAAUCGCACAAGUAAUGUUGUAUUCUCAAGGUUUCCGAACUGCAGAAACUCUUGCCUCAAAGGUUGUCCCGUUAUUCAACCUUUGUGCAGAACAACUUUCUCCGCAAGCACAUUACGAUUUUGGUCUUCGAGCCCUUAAGAGUGUACUUGUUAGUGCCGGUAAUCUGAAGCGUGAACGCCUUCAAGGACUUAGAGAAAGCAAUGCGGACAAAUCAGAAUAUACCAGAAUUUCAGAGUCUACACCUGAGCAGGAGAUUUUGAUUCAAAGUAUUCGUGAAACUAUAGUUCCCAAAUUAGUAGCUGAUGAUAUUCCUCUUUUAACUAGUUUGCUUGCCGAUGUUUUCCCUGGCGUUGAAUAUUCACCGGUAGAUCUUGAUAAACUUACGGCAGAGAUUAAAAAUGUUUGUAAUGAGAAGUACCUUCUUGAUGGUGAAAUGUGGUUGGAAAAAGUUCUUCAACUUUAUCAAAUCCAAAACAUUCAUCAUGGUCUUAUGAUGGUUGGUCCUUCUGGUUCUGGUAAAUCAACUGCGUGGAAAGUAUUACUUCAAGCUUUGGAACGUGUUGAAGGUCGAGAAGGUGUUUCCUACGUUAUUGACCCUAAAGCUGUAUCAAAAGAUGCACUUUAUGGAAAUUUAGAUCAAACAACCCGUGAAUGGACGGAUGGUCUGUUCACCCAUAUUCUGCGAAAAAUUAUUGAUAACGUUCGUGGUGAAAAAGCCAAAAGACAUUGGAUUAUUUUUGAUGGCGAUGUGGAUCCGGAAUGGGUUGAAAAUUUAAACUCUGUAUUGGAUGAUAAUCGAUUAUUGACUCUUCCUAAUGGUGAACGUUUAAGUCUUCCGCAUAAUGUCCGCAUUAUGUUUGAAGUAGAAAAUCUAAAAUACGCCACUUUAGCUACCGUCAGUCGUUGUGGUAUGGUGUGGUUCUCAUCGGAAGUAGUCACUCUUGAAAUGAUUUAUUAUAAUUAUUUGGAAAAUCUGAAAUCCGUUGCUUUGGAUGAAAAUGAAGAAGAAGUAUCAACAUCUCAUAAAGUUGAGAGUGCAGAAGAUACUGUCUCACCGCAUCUCAGCACACAACGUAACGUUGCAAAUAUUCUUGCCAAACAUAUGACUGAAGAAGGAUUAGUCACAAAAACUCUUAUGCAAGCAGAAAAAUUAGAGCAUAUUAUGGACUUUACUCACAUGCGCGUGUUGAAUACACUAUUCUCAUUAUUAAAUAAAACUGUUCGUAAUGUAAUUGAUUAUAACACACAACAUCCUGAUUUUCCAAUGACAGCAGAACAUUUAGAUAGUUAUGUAACAAAACGCUUAGUUCUUAGCGUUAUUUGGAGUUUCUCUGGGGACGCUAAACUAGACUACCGCGCUGAACUAGGUGAUUUUGUUCGUGGAAUAGCUACAGUCGACUUACCUCCUCAGCAGGUGGGCUCAACUCUCAUUGAUUAUGAUGUUCAAAUCAGUAAUGGUGAAUGGAUGUCAUGGACUGGCAAAGUUCCAACCAUUGAAAUUGAAACUCAUACAGUAGCUGAGGCUGAUGUAGUUGUUCCUACAGUUGAUACUGUCCGUCACGAAGAAAUAUUAUAUUCCUGGUUAUCAGAACACAAACCUCUUUUGUUAUGCGGUCCUCCUGGAUCAGGAAAAACCAUGACAUUAUUUAGUGCCCUUAGAAAAUUGCCUGACAUGGAGGUUGUUGGUCUCAACUUUUCCAGCGCUACCACACCUGAAUUAAUUUUAAAAACAUUUGAACAAUAUUGUGAAUAUCGUAAAACUCCAAACGGUGUUAUUUUAGCACCUGUUGCCAUUGGUCGCUGGAUUGUGGUGUUUUGUGACGAGAUCAAUCUUCCCGCAAGUGAUCAAUAUGGCACUCAACGCGUUAUUUCAUUUUUAAGGCAAUUAAUUGAAUGUGGUGGUUAUUGGAGAACGUCAGAUAAAGCAUGGGUUAAAUUGGAGCGAAUCCAAUUUGUUGGUGCUUGUAAUCCUCCAACGGAUCCUGGACGUGUGCCAUUAACUCAUAGAUACCUUCGUCAUGCUCCUUUAGUGAUGGUCGAUUAUCCCGGUGAAAUUUCCCUUAAUCAAAUUUACGGAACAUUUGCUCGUGCCAUGUUAAAAGUUAUUCCUUCACUUAAAGGAUACGCUGAACCGCUUACAGCUGCGAUGGUUGAAUUUUAUCUUAUGUCUCAAAAACAUUUUACUCCUGAUAUCCAAGCUCAUUAUAUUUAUUCUCCCAGAGAAUUGACUAGAUGGAUGAGAGGUAUAUUCGAGGCAAUUAAGCCUUUGGAAUCCCUUUCUCUUGAAGGUUUAGUUCGUAUUUGGGCGCAUGAAGCUUUGCGAUUAUUCCAGGACCGUCUUGUUACUGAGGAAGAAAGAAAAUGGACGGAUGAGAACAUUGAUGCUACUGCUUUGAAGCAUUUUCCAAAUUUGAACACUUCUGAGGCUUUGCAUCGACCAAUUUUAUUCUCCAAUUGGUUAUCGAAACAUUAUAUCCCUGUUGAACGUGAAGAGUUGCGUGAUUAUGUUAAAGCUCGUCUCAAAGUCUUUUAUGAAGAAGAAUUAGACGUCCCACUAGUUUUAUUCAAUGAUGUCUUGGAUCACGUUCUUCGUAUUGAUCGUGUAUUUAGACAAAUGCAAGGACAUUUACUUUUAAUUGGUGUAAGUGGAUCUGGCAAGACUACUUUGUCUAGAUUUUGCGCUUGGAUGAAUGGAUUAAGUGUUUUCCAAAUUAAAGCGCAUAAUAAAUAUACUGGUGAUGAUUUUGAUGAUGAUUUAAGAACAGUCUUAAGAAGAGCUGGUUGUAAAGGAGAAAAAAUCUGCUUUGUAAUGGAUGAAUCAAACGUGUUAGAUUCAGGUUUCUUGGAACGUAUGAAUACGCUCCUUGCUAACGCUGAAGUUCCUGGGUUAUUCGAAGGUGAUGAAUAUAAUGCGUUAAUGACAAGUUGUAAGGAGGGUGCUCAGAGGGAUGGAUUAAUGUUAGAUUCUCCUGAAGAAUUAUAUAAAUGGUUCACACAACAAGUAAUGAAAAACCUUCACGUUGUAUUUACAAUGAACCCUCCAGAAGGUGGUCUCGCUUCUCGUGCGGCAACAUCUCCCGCUCUUUUCAAUCGUUGUGUUUUAGAUUGGUUCGGUGAUUGGUCAGAUCAAGCUUUCUUCCAAGUAGGCAUGGAAUUCACUCAAAACUUGGACUUGGAUCUUCAAACAUAUUCAGCACCUCCAAGCUUCCCUAUUGUAUAUAGAUUAUUAUCUUUACCGCCAUCGCAUCGUUCUGCCGUUGUGAAUGCAUUCGUUUUCGUUCAUCAAUCUCUUUACGAGAUUAAUGCAAAAUUGAGCAAACGCCAAGGUCGUUAUAAUUAUGUAACUCCGCGCCAUUACUUGGACUUUAUUAAUCAUUAUGUACGAUUAUUCAAUGAAAAACGCGAAGAUCUUGAGGAGCAACAACGUCAUUUGAAUGUUGGAUUAGAAAAAUUAAAAGAAACUGUUGAUACUGUUGAUAAACUUCGUAGUGAUUUAGCUAUAAAGAAUAAAGAGCUUCAAGAAAAGGAGCGUGAAGCUAACGAAAAGUUUAAUAAAUUGCUUGAAGAUCAAAAUGAAGCUGAAAAACGUAAAAAAGAUGUUGAAGAAAUUUCAAUCGCCCUCGAGGUUCAAAAUAAAGCAAUCGAAGAACGUCGUGAAGUAGUAGUGAGGGAUUUAGCCAAUGCUGAACCAGCUCUUGAGGACGCAAAGAAGAGUGUAAGAGGUAUUACGAGACAACAUCUUACUGAAGUACGUUCAAUGAACAACCCUCCAGAGGCAGUGAAAAUGGCAAUGACAUCUGUUUGCCUUUUACUUGGUAGAAGGGCCGAUAGUUGGUCACAAUUGCAGGCUAUCAUCCGAUCUGAUGACUUUAUUAAUAGUAUUGUUCAAUAUGAUACUAAUAAAUUGACUAAAACUGUGAGAGAAAAAAUUAAAGUAGAAUAUCUUACCAAACCUAAUUAUAAUUUCGAGACUGUAAACAGAGCAAGUAAGGCAUGUGGUCCUUUGGUUAAAUGGGUAAUUGCUCAGGUCGGCUAUUCAGAUAUUUUGGACAGAGUCGGUCCAAUGCGUAGGGAAAUGGAAGAUUUAGAAGCACAACAACAGCAAACUCAACAACAAGCUGAAUUUAUUAAAGAAGUAAUGAACUCUGUUAAGAAUAAAGUAGAGAGAAGUAUGACUCUUCUUGCUAGUUUAUCAUCUGAAAAGGAAAGAUGGGUAACUGGUAGUCAAGCAUUUGAAACACAGAUGGGAACAAUUGUAGGGGAUGUAUUACUUUCUGCAGCAUUCCUUGCCUAUGGUGGAUAUUUCGAUCAACAGUACCGUGAAACGUUGAUUAAAAAAUGGAAAGAACAUUUGAAUGCCGCCGAGAUUAAAUAUAAACCAGAACUUUCAUUGACAGAAUAUUUGUCAUCAGCUGAUGAUCGUCUUUCCUGGCAAGCAAAUUCCCUCCCAGCUGAUGAUCUAUGUACUGAAAAUGCUAUUAUGCUUAAAAGAUUCAAUAGAUAUCCGCUUAUUAUUGAUCCAUCUGGCCAAGCUUCUUCAUUUUUAAAGAAUGAAUUUAAAAACAAAAAAAUUACUGUUACUAGUUUCUUAGAUGAUUCAUUUGUUAAGAACUUGGAAAGUGCUCUUCGUUUCGGUAAUCCUUUACUUAUUCAAGAUGUUGAACAUCUUGACCCUAUUUUAAAUCCUGUUCUCAACAAAGAAUUGCGCCGUACUGGUGGUCGUGUUCUAAUAAGAUUGGGUGGACAAGAUAUUGACUUCUCACCAUCAUUUACACUUUUCCUAUCAACUCGUGAUCCUUCUGUCAAUUUCCCCCCAGACGUGUGCAGCAGAGUAACAUUUGUCAACUUUACUGUAACUCGUAGUAGUUUACAAAGCCAAUGUCUUAAUCAAGUACUUAAGGUUGAGCGACCUGAUACAGAUCAGAAACGAACAGAUUUAAUCAAACUUCAAGGUGAAUUCAAAUUAAGGUUGAGACAUCUCGAAAAAUCUCUUUUGCAGGCUUUAAAUGAAUCUAAGGGCAAUAUCUUGGAUGAUACUCAUGUCUUGGAUACAUUGGAAAAAUUGAAAAAAGAGGCCGCUGAAAUCACUAGCAAAGUUGAAGAAACUGACACUAUCAUGCAAGAAGUUGAACGAGUUACAGCACAAUAUACACCUUUGGCUCAAGCCUGUAGUUCUGUAUUCUUUGUUAUGGAACAAAUAAACAUAUUACAUCAUUUUUAUCAGUUUUCUCUUGAAUACUUUUAUGAAAUAUUCCAGUGCAUCCUUCAUGAAAAUCCAAACCUCAAAAACAUUACAGAACCUGAAGAAAGGUUGAAAAUUAUCACUCGUGAUCUUUUUAAAUUGACUUUCAAACGUGUGUCGCGAGCUUUACUUCAUGAAGACUAUGUUACAUUCGCAGUUUUGCUAUCUCAAAUUAAACUUCGUGGAACUCCUGAUCACGUUGAUGAAGCUGAAUACGAUUACUUAUUAAGUGGCGGUGAUGUCGUACCUGGAUCAAAAGUCACAGCACGCGAACUAGGAAUACCCGAAAAUAUUUUUGAUUCUGAUCAACUUUGUAAAAUAAAAGAAUUCACAUCUCUUAAAUGUUUCUCGGGACUUAGUAGGAGUAUUGAUGAUAAUGUUGAUGAAUGGAUGAAAUUUAUGAAAUAUGAUGAGCCUGAGCAACAUGUGCCUGAAUUUUUGGACACUUCAUUGCCUCACAUACUAACAAACUUAUCCUAUCCAGAAACUGUUAUACAAUUACGUAAAAUAUUGAUUAUCAAAUGCUUCCGCCCCGAUAGACUUAUUCCUGCUGUAACUGAAUUCGUAUCUAUCGCGUUUGAGCCAGGUUUCGCCACUCAAACUGAAUUAGAUUUCAAGUCAUUGGUGAUUGAUGAAGUUCAACCUACCACUCCUAUUUCCUUAUGUUCAGUUCCUGGAUAUGAUGCAAGUUAUCGUGUAGAUAAUCUUGUAAAUGAAACGAAUGUCAAAUGUACAUCUGUUGCUAUGGGUUCUCAAGAGGGUUUCACUUUGGCCGAUCAAGCUAUUGCAACUGCGGUCAAGAACGGAAAUUGGGUUUUAUUGAAAAACGUUCAUCUAGCUACAUCAUGGCUAGGUCAACUCGAAAAGAAAUUACAUAGUAUGAAAGCACAUAGAAACUUUAGACUUUUCCUCACCAUGGAGACAAAUCCAAAGGUACCAGUCAAUUUAUUGCGUCUAUCCCGUGUGCUUAUGUUCGAGCCUCUACCAGGUAUUAAGGCAAAUCUUCAAGACUCUCUUAAGAGUAUCCCGCAAUCACGUUUCUCAAAAGGUCCAAGAGAACGCGCCCGUCUUUACUUCAUGCUUGCUUGGUUACAUGCUAUCGUGCAAGAACGUCUUCGUUAUGCUCCUCUCGGUUGGACUAAGAUUUACGAGUUUAAUGAUUCAGAUCAGGACUUUGCAAUUAAUACUAUUGACGCUUGGCUGAAUUCAGUCGCUAAGGACAGAGAAAAUAUUUCCCCAGAUAAGAUUCCUUGGGAAGCGCUUCGUACAUUAAUCUGUGUUGCUGGUUAUGGCGGCCGUAUUGAUAAUGAAUUUGACAAGCGUCUUCUCGAGUGCUUCAUAAAUGGUUUAUUCUCACCUGCUGCUUAUGAAUUUGAUUUUCCGCUUGUUGAUUCAGAAGACUCGCAUAAACUGGCCAUUCCCGAUGGCACAAAAAUGGAAGACUUUGUAAACUGGGUUAAUAAUCUUCCAGAACGCGAGCCACCUAUAUGGCUAGGAUUACCAAGCAAUGCAGAAAGAGUUUUAGCUACAAGCAAAGGUUACGCGAUGCUUGUGAAAAUUAGAAAAAUGAAGAAUACGGCUGAUGAUGAAGAAGAUGAAACGUCUCAAGAGUCAGAUUCUCAAUCGUCAUCCCAACCGGCUUGGAUGCGUGCAUUACAUACGUCUGUCGAGGGAUGGUUAGGCAUACUCCCCGCAAAGAUUCCAAUGAUGAGCCGUACUUCUGAAAGUAUCAAAAAUCCAUUAUUCAGAUUCUUUGAUCGAGAAAACUCAAUCGGACGUAGUCUUCUCAAGAAAAUUCGUCAAGAUCUUGAGGAUGUCGUUAAAGUUUGUAAAGGUGAACUCAAACAAACAAAUCAUUUGCGUAUGUUAUUGAAUUGUCUUACAAAGGGCAUUAUACCGGAUCACUGGCGAAAAUAUAAAGUCGCCAAAAAUGUGUCCCUAAAUCACUGGAUUGCGGAUUUCAGGAGCAGACUUCAACAACUUGAAAGCAUUACAAAAUUACAUGACUUUUUAGAUUUACAAGUAUGGAUCGGUGGUCUUUUCAUGCCUGAAGCAUUUAUUACGGCCACACGCCAAGCAGUAGCACAAAAACAUAAAUGGUCAUUAGAACAAUUGGUAUUAGAAAUUUCUCUUAAUAAGAGUGGAGAUCCUGAUUCUUUUGCUUUAACUGGGCUCAAGCUUGAAGGUGCUGAAUGGACAGACAAUCAAUUGAGUCUUUGCGGAGUUCCGACAACAAAAUUGGAAACCUCUCAAAUUAAAUGGGUUUUAAGUUCGCAGGCUACUCCAGCCACCGAGACAACUGCAAACCUUCCGGUUUAUCUUAAUGAAGAUCGUUCUGAUUUACUCUUUAUUAUAAAUAUUGAAGCAAAAGCCUCUGAAAAAGUUAAGAUUGCACAACGUGGACCACCAUUUGCCGGAAAAGUUUUAGAGGAUCUUCAAUUUGAAGUACUGGAUCUGGCUAUUUUAGAUUAA